CCUGCAGAGAUCUCAUGAUGCCCUUCACUGAACUAGUUAAACAUCUAGAGUAAGAACCUGUGGCUACUUCUCCUGAUCAGACUGGAAGGUUUUAGGAAUCCCUUCAAAAGAGGAAGAGCAAGAGAAUAACAAAAAGAGACAGGCAGAAACAAUCAGGAACUGCCAGUGACAAAAAGGAAAAGAGGGAAAGCAAAAACCUGAAGGGCAAAAAGAAGUAGAGUAGGAGAAAGAGAUUGGAUUCGACACACACCACGGAAGCCGCUCCUUCUUCUGGCCAGUUCCACUUGGAACUGGUGAGUUCCACUGGACUGAUGAGGAUGAACUGAAAGUAGAAAGGACAAGAAAACUCUGAGCAACUUGAGACACCAAGAGGCCACUCAAUCACCUUACAGGGAUGCAUAACUCAGUCAUGAUCUGCUUUGUUGUGGGAAGUUUCUUAUGGUUCCCCCAAGUGAGAGGUGAGGAAGGCUGCCUCAACACUGAACUGUGUUCAGGUACAGCGUGGGACCGUCUGUGGUAUAUCUGGCUGGUGCUGGUGAUUGGGGGGCUCCUGCUCCUAUGUGGCCUGGUCUCUGUCUGCAUGAGGUGCUGCUUCCAGUGCCAUCAGACAGGGGACGAAUCUGGCCCCCAGCCCUAUGAGGUCACCGUCAUCGCGUUUGACCAUGACAGCACCUUGCAGAGCACCAUCACUUCUCUCCACUCAGUGUUUGGGCCUGCAGCCAGGAGAAUAUUAGCCGUGGCACACUCCCACAAUGCUGCCCAGGGAACACCUCCACUCUCCACAUCAGACACCCCUCCAGUGUAUGAAGAAGCUUUACACAUGAGCAGGUUCACAGUCGCCAAGGCGGGGCAGAAGGUGCCAGACCUGGAUCCAGUGCCAGAGGAAAAACUGCCGGCACCUGAAGAGCGCAAGGAUGCCCAGCCGCCCCUCCCAGGACACUGAUGUCUGGUUUUACUUGACAGCAAACAAUACAGGAUAGUUACAUGCAGAGACUAAUUAAGGUGGGCAAAUUUAAGAAUUUCAGAUUCAUUUCCGUAGUCAAUUGAGAAAGAGAGGGGAAAAGCAACUAAAAUUCCAAGUAUUUUCAGGUCUAGCAUAGUCCAAUGGCUCUUUUUGACACCUCCUUCAGAUAAUUUGCAUUCUCCAAGUCCAUUCAUUACACGCACACAACACUAGAAUCACACAGCACAAAUAAGCAGGCAACAGGAGCCUUUUUGUAGGCUAGUGAUCUGCAGGGUGGCUGCAGAUGCAACUCUCAUUCCUCUUGCCUUUAGCCUCAGUUUCCUCAGGAUGGCAGAGUAGUCUUCAAAAUAGAAAGAAAAAAAAAAAAAAGAAGAUACUUGCAAAGGUCUAUGGAUGCUAAAUGCGAGCAACAAGCAGGGAGCACAGUGCCUGUGGAAUAGCAGGCCGCAUAACUUUCUCAGACUCACCUGAGAAAGCAGCCUGGGAAAUCAUAAGGAGAAAUCAAAACAAUCCUCAGAGACAGAAGACAGCCUUGCAGGUAUUGUUUGUCAGUUUCUUCUUUUCUUGCAAGAGAAGGUCGAGGGGUGGUGUACCCCACUGACCAAUGAUGGUGAUGUGUUAGUUCACUAACCAAUAAGUUUUACCUUUCUGUACUUUCGCAUAUCGAUCUAUAAAAGAAGAUCUGAGGUAAUAAACCUUGCUCUCCUGUUCAACUCACAAGAGAGUUGUGUUGUACUGCCUUGCCGUUCCUAAAAUAAUGCGACAAAAGUCUAUUACAACUGAAUAUUAACAUCCAACCUCUGGAAAUUGCCAACCAGCAAAUUAAAAAAAAAAAAAAAUGGAAACAAUCUGCAUGUAAAGGAAAGAAAGCAUACAUACAGACUGUAUGUACACAUUAUGCCCUUAAUGCCCUGCAGGAUACAUAGAAUGAACAGUCUGGUUCUAAAUGGGAUAUAUAGCAAUUCUGAAACGGUAGUCACAAGCUCUUAUAUAUGAAUUUAAAAAUAUUAGAUAUGUACCAACAGAUCAAACAAGGAGAGGAGCAAGAACACUACCUCUGAAAUAAAGCUCAAUCAUAUUUUCAAUGCAUUCCUAUAGUAUAAUUUAUUAAUUCCUAAUUUUGCUGUCAAAAACAGAUCAAUCGAAGUGGGACCAUUUAAAACAUGUCAGCCAUUUCUCAGACUGAAUAAUUUGUGGGGCUCUCCUGGUCAAUACAAAUAUGUUGAACGAUCCAGAAAUAUUAAUAAAGCUGGAUUAACAUAGGUAUGGCCCAUCUGUAAAACCUUGGACUAGGCAGUCAGGAGAAGGUGAGUGUUGAACUGCAUCAGUGUUGUCUCUACCCUGGAUUCAGCACCUGAAAUCAUUAAAGCAGACAACAUUAAAUAUCACAUGAUGAUUCAUUCAGCCAUUAAUAAAUUGCCUGCAUAUGUUCAUGUUGAUAUAAAGGCACAGGUCACAUCUUUUUGAAAUGCCUGCAUGGCAUUUCCUGCAAUUCCCACUUUAGUUAAUAUGCUGGUCUUCUUUGCUGUGAAAUACAGAAAAUACAGUUAUUUUGUAGAUAAGAACAAGGAUAAUGUUGAACAAGGUCUCACAUGGACUAGGUCCCAAACAUAUUUAGGAACCUAACUGCUGUUAAGAUUACAACCACAGAAAAUUUUAGAGAAGGUUGAUAAAAUAGCCUUCAGGGAUAGAUAAAAUAGCCCUUCAGGGGUAGAACAAAGCUAAAUUGAACAAUCAAAGCAUCUUUGAUGAUGCCCCAGGCUUUGACCAGUCACAGGAGUUUUGUAUCUAAAGGAAUUUAUUGAGGAUCUUGAUUUUGAGGUCACAAACUUCUUCCUUGUCUAUUCAUUUUUUAUUCUAUCAUUAGCAAUUGAUA